AACCAUCCGACUCUACCAUAAAAACAUUUCUCAAGUUCUUUUGCCAUCUACGCGAUGGCGAGGAGCAAGCGGCCACUAGGGAGCUUAUGCGACACUGGGGGACGAUAAAUCCAGGACAGGCCUUUCCAAACGACCGACUCACGCGCCGUCACGACGAUAACAAACAACCCAAAGGCAAGAAGAGCCCGCGAAGCAAUCUAAGCAACAAUAGAACGAGACGUCGGCGGGCACAGAAGUUGCGCGCAAGUUCGAGCUUGCUUGAAAGAAAUGGCCGACAGGUAGCUUCUGAUGUGGACAUAUCUGCGAUACUGGAGCCCCCACCGAUGUCUAAGCCAAAUACAAAUAAAUCAACUUCAAGGUCAAGUGAUAAAAGUCAUGUCGAAACAAUAGUUAGUACCCACGUCGCAGCACGGAAGCUGGUGCUUUCUGCUAAGCCACCGAAAAACAAGGCAGGAGGCGGAUCGAGAGUGCGAGGGGUUGCUGAAAUAGCGCUUGACGGCCAACCGGAUAGACAUUUAACAGACAAGCCAAAUAAAUCUCAGCCAGCAGCCACAUCGCGAAUAACAGUAACCCACUGUAAUUCGCCGGAACCAGCUUCAUCUAGGAAGCAGGAUAAAUCUCGGAUGACAGUCUCAUUGCCACAAAGACGGCGAGGGCGGUCUUCUACAACGCAGCCGGCGGGGAAGACAUUCAUUUCACCUCCCCAAGGAAAAAUUGCAGUUGCCGCACUACCCAACGAGUCACAAGAAACCUCAGCAUUUACCGGCGCUAGAACUUGCAUGAUAUCGAUACCCUCACGUUCUAUUGAUGGAAGGGCACCGGGGGCACAGUCCGGACGUAGCCUAGGCACAAAUAUCCCGCAUAUGGAUAGGGCGCCCACCAGUGGUCUUUCUGCAGGCAAGAAGAAAGCCAAGACGCGUGCGGCCUCCCUGAUGCCACGUAUUCAAGUCAAUGAUAGUAUAGGAGAACUUGCGUCCGGUCAGGCAGUACGCACUCCUGGAGUCAAGAUGAGACCGUCGGUUAAAGAACUUACCUUGUCCAAAAGUUCUCAUCAGUCAAUUUCCCAUUCUUUAGAGGGUGCGAUGCGUGAGAUUCCCUCAGACCAAAGAGGCUUCCAGCUAUCUGCCGAACUGUUCCACCAAUGUCUCGUGUUUCUGUAGAGCAACAGACAGUUUGCUUACCCUCGGCGCCCCAUGUAGACCAUCAACACCCAGAUCGAACCCCUCGCCCAAAUUCUGUACAAACAUAUGUUCCUCAUGCCUAUCAGGAGACUCGCGCAGGACAUGUGCUAGAGAAAGCCGAGCUCACCCGUCCUCGUUUUCAGCAAAUGAAUAUGAAAGAGAUGACGGUCAAGACAGAGGAAACAAGCGCUUCUUUUACCUUGCAUAGCAAACCGACACGCUCGAAACGACAGCGACUAUCUUCUGUUGCGAGCGCCAUCCGUAAACGCUCAGAGAACAGACUUAGCUUUAAAGCGCCUCAAAGGCCGCCUCUGUCUCGCGAGCCGCCCAUCUGGGCUACGUCACGCCAAGAAAUCUGUGAAACACUGGACUAUUUUCGUAGCUAUCAGAGCGGUGUUUACAGUUCGGAUGGCCUUGUCAAAGGUUAUCUUCUCAGUGCCUUUGGCUCGGAGCGAGAUAUUUUCCAUUUAGGAGGAAGAUUCAUUGUAUCUCAUGGGGGUGGAAAGUCAGAAAGCGUCCUUCAGUCUCGGGUCGGCGCCCGCCACCAGCUCGCAGGCGACCAAAAGAUUACCGACAGAUCUGUGCGAGCGCUGAUGAGAAAUUACGAAGAAAGCAGACCUCUUGUUUUGUUAGCAGAUGACAAGUACGACAAGUUUCCAUACGACUUAUCUACUCCUGGCUCCGUUUACCCUUACAUUGUCCUCGGUUUCUUCUGGAUUCCAUAUGCCUGGGCGGAGUAUGAGGCGCCCUCCACCGACAAUCAAAGCGUCGUUCGCUGGAAGUUUGCGUUUCAGUGGUGCGAAGAGCAAGGUGACCCAUGGUGGACAUCCAGUCCCUAUGCUGAUGAGGCUGGUGCAACGAACUCUGUCAGCAACUUCCUGCAUCACAAUGAGAAACCUAGCUCUACUAUCGUUAGUCCCGGCAAGAGGUUUCGCUUUCGGGAUGAGGAACUGUGCAUCGAUUGUAUGAAAACCAGCCCAUCCGUCUAUAAACAGGGGUGGAUAUGUCUAAAUCCUUGCUGUGGUGCAUUUUGGACGUUGAAACACGGCGGGUCCCCUACCAUCCUCGACUACAGCGAGUCGUUUCUCCAACUCAUUUCCCCAACACACCCGAAUAUAUCACUAGCAAAUCUCAAGCCAUCCUUGAUAUCGGAAGCACCUGAUGGCAUUGCAACUGGACUACCGUUCAGCAAGGGUUGGCACUGUAAAGGUUGUGGAAGAUUGGCCUGCAGAUCAGACUGGAAGUGCUGGAAAUGUCCCCAUUGUAAUAAAGAACAUCAAGUUGAGGACCGAUCCAUGGCUCCCCACGAGUUCUGGUUGCAAAGACCUUCCAGGCCCAUAAUGCACGCGGAAAUUGGGCGAUAUUCAGGCAUUCGUAGCGAACGCCCGGCUAUAAUUCACAGUACAAUCGACGGCAGGGAUGAAGCGAUACACCGACUCACAUAUGUCCUUCCGAUGAAUAGAGGGAAGAUCCAUCUCGUCCUUGGUAAUCCUCGAGCAAAUAGUAGGGCCAAUGAAGCAUUCAGGUUGUAUCAAGAAGAAGCCAAAUCUGGCGGCCUUGAGUUACGACGUUAUGCGUUGAGAACCCACAGACUGCGCGGACCAAUGCUUACAAACUACUUCUCUCAAAACUCGGGAGAGCCUUAUCAAUACGUGAGCGGAACGGGCCAGACCGUCCCAUUCGACAAAGCCAGCAAGAGUGUUAUAGCGGCUCUUGCUAUAAUCAAGGAACGCACGCAAAAAGCUCUGGGUUGCGAAGUGCCUUUCAACGAAAUUCUGACAGCCGCGUAUAUGGAGAGUCAGAAGAUGUCUUUUCACAGUGACAGCGAGAUAGGCUUAGGUCCUGUUGUAGCUUCCCUUUCCCUAGGCUCAAUGGCAUACAUGCACUUCCGUAUGAAGAACAGCCAACAGAGAGAGAAACGGUCAUCACAGAUAGAUUUAACAUUAACAUUGCGACAUGGUGACGUCGUGGUCAUGGAAGGUGCACAAGUUCAGGAUUUGUAUGAACAUACGGUGUCACCAGUCAACUUCAGAAUCGCUGCGACAGCGAGAUGCAUUGGACCUAACCAUUCUUACUAUAAGACAUAGUUUAAGAAACAAACAACGCCGUUGCUCUCGAAUAUGGCUAUUCUCGGCUAUGAUGCCUUUACUAGCUGUGAGGAUUGUCAGCGCCCUGCUGCUUCCUCUUGAAUAGUACUAGGAGCCAGCGACCACGGUAUGCGUUGCGCCUAACCAAUUUAUCAUAAUUUAUCACAGAUCCGUAUUCGCUAGAUUGGAUGCUAUGCAUCAA